CUCAGAUCAGGCCAGCAUUACCUCUUUCUCGGGAAUCAACAGCCACACUCUCGAUCGUCGAAGUCGCAAGAAAUCGCUUUCUUCUCAGCAAUUCAAGACUUGCAUUCUCGCUUCUUUCUCGAGUUCUCCGAGUUCAAUAACACCAUUUUUCACAUUCUCACUUCUCCCUCGAGUUCCGUCGAGUUCAACACCAUUUUUUCACAUUCUUACAGGCGAGCCUGACAUCAGUGGUUGAGGACAUUUGAGCGCGUCGACAGAGCGCUGAUCCAGCCAGAGAAGACCACCACCUCAGAAACCGUCAAGAUGUCUGCUCCUCGACAGGCCCAAGAUAAGAUGUCUUCAGGACACGACAAUAACAACACCGAUCAGACCAAUCCUACUUCUUUCCGCGCCGAGUUGCCUCUCUUCGUCCCUCAAGAACCAUCUCCACUUCGCGCCUCCACUCCAGACCUCGACGCCUUUAACGCGUUCGAACUAAACACCGAUCUCGUCCUCGUCGCUCGUGAACCCGCGGGUCCUCCAUCGAACGCUGGUCCUGCCGCCAACGAGUCAGACGGUGACGUCCAAUUUGACCUGGCCGGUGGUCAAACGACUCCAGAAAUCCUUGACGGGGUGAACCAAGGCUAUACAGCCACUUUCCUUCCGCCUACGCGCGCAGCGUGGGCGCCUCCUUCCACACCCAGCCAAGAGGGUGGCGACGAUGAAGACAGCGAGCCCACCAGCAGCAACGAGGCAUCUCCACUGGGUAGUUGUGAUCUCCGCCACCCAUACGGACUGUCGCCGUGGGAGGGCAUGACCUUUGCCGAGAUGCAAGACCUCAUGGACAGACAGAAGAGGCAGUUCGAUGGUCCCCCGGUUCGCCGCCCUGCCUACCAGCCGCCUCCGAACUUUGGCGACGUCGUCCGCGAGGAGACCAAGCACUUGGAGGAGAAGCGGGCUCGGCGACAGAAGCGGGCGGCCAUCAAGGCUGCAAAGAAGAGGAAGGACGACGAAAAGGAGACGAGGUGA